AGAUUCACUCGUGCCUCCAUGAGGACUCUGUGAAUACUCGGCUAAGAUCUCCUGCUGUCCGGACAAGAUUUCUCCCAUUAGGUAAUCCUUGAGGAAGUGCUGUGCUUAUGGAGAGUGUUCACACCUCUCACUGUGGGCUCACAGGGUCUUCUGGUGUGCAGCUCCAUGAACUGGCCAGAUGAAUAAUCCAGGAGCCAGAGGAUAACCAUUCCUUUUGUGGUUACUUCCAGGGCCUGGGGAAGAUGACCACUCUCACACGGCAGGACCUUAACUUUGGGCAAGUUGUUGCAGAUGUUCUUUCAGAAUUCCUGGAAGUAGCUGUUCACCUCAUCUUGUAUGUCAGAGAAGUUUACCCUAUUGGGAUCUUUCAGAAGAGGAAAAAAUACAAUGUACCUGUCCAGAUGUCCUGCCACCCAGAGCUGAACCAGUACAUCCAGGACACGCUGCACUGUGUAAAGCCUCUGCUGGAGAAGAACGAUGUGGAGAAAGUUGUGGUUGUAAUCCUGGAUAAAGAGCACCACCCCGUGGAGAGAUUUGUCUUCGAGAUCACCCAGCCACCUCUUCUUUCCAUUAGUUCUGAGUCCCUGCUAUCCCACGUGGAGCAGUUACUGCGUGCCUUCAUCCUGAAAAUCAGUGUGUGUGAUGCUGUGCUGGACAACAACCCCCCAGGUUGCACCUUCACAGUGCUGGUUCACACACGGGAGGCUGCCACACGCAACAUGGAAAAGAUCCAGGUGAUAAAGGAUUUCCCUUGGAUCCUCGCUGAUGAGCAAGAUGUGCAUAUGCACGACCCCCGACUUAUUCCCUUGAAAACCAUGACAUCUGACAUCUUAAAGAUGCAGCUCUAUGUAGAAGAGCGAGCUCACAAAGGCACCUGAUUUCAAAUAUUCCCUGCCUUCAAGCUUUGUCUGAUCUUCCAGUGAAGUAAGAUCUGUCACAAACUUGAUAACCAUCUCUUCAGCUGGCUUUCUGGGUGAAUGUAGAGCAGCUGCUGCCUCUUUAUUUCAAGUGCUCUUAUGUAUAAAGAACUGACUUGGAAUGGGGAGCCAGAGCCUGUUCCCAUGUUGACUUGUGUGAGAGAGCACAGGUGUUGAUACAGUGCAUCCCUGAGGAGUCAGUGCUUUAUUACCAGUCCAGUUCUCACCUGAAAAGGGCAGCUCCAUUGCACACAGGCAAUGAUAGACAGCAAGGAGCUGUCACACAAUCCAUGAGAGCAGCAUUUGUGCUAAGGGGGAGUGAGGCCUUACGUAGUGUCUGUCCACUGUGACCAUCUCAAGUAGUCUUCAAUAAAUACUAAGUUUUACCCCAGUUGAACUGGGCUGAGUUCUGUCAAAA